GUCGAUGGCGUCCGCGACUUCUGCGACUACGUAGCCGCCGAUGUCACGAAAGGUCUGGAGGUGGUGGCCAGCAGCUUUGAGCAUCUCCUGGCCAAGCAUCUUAAGGUCCCUUUGGAUCUCUUCACCUCGAACCUGACAGAAGACCCCUCCUUCAGCAGGACUGGCUUCCGCCUUGAGCUCAAAGUCCUGUGCAGCGAGAUGCAGAAGGCCGCACCCCUCGCUCUCCAAAAGCUCAGCGAUGUGCCGGGUCUCCCGGGAUCUCGCGCGAACGAGUUGAGGGCCUUCUCGGACUGCGACAAGAAGCUGGAGCUUGUGAAUCA